UUCAAUUUAGUCCCUAAACUAUUUUCCAUCCAUCAAUUUAGUCCUCCGUUAUAUUUUCCUUUAACUGUUCUUUAAAACCCUAAAAUCCAAAAGCUACUUUUACUCUUAUAUCUCUCUUCUCGACCAACUCUCUCAAAUCAUCUCAAUCUGAAAACCCUAGAGCCACCUAUACGCUCCAAUUCCGGUUGUCGUCGUUGUUUUAAGAUGGCUGAAAGUGAUGAUGAUACAAGUGAUGGAGGAAGGUUCUCUUAUCACUCAGAAGAACUUAGAGGGCCUAUUAGUUCAUCUGAUGAAGAGAAUGAAUCAGUGAGAGUUAUAUAUCCACAAUUCAAUGCUGAAGCUCAAUUUGGGGAAGUUAGGUUGGCUGUAGAGAUGGAGUUUGCAACUUUGGCUGAAUUUAAAAAAGCUGUGAAAGACUAUACCAUCCAUAUUGGAAGACAAAUCAAAUGGAUAAAGAAUGACAAGGUAAGAGCAAGAGCAAAAUGUGUGUUUGAGCAUUGCAAAUGGGAGAUACUUUGUUCGCGUAGUAGUAUAACAAAUAGCUUUCAAAUCAAGACUUUUGAAAAUACAACUCACUCAUGCCCAGGAACAUUCACGAAUAGUCAGGCUGAUAGAAAGUGGGUUAUUGAGAAGUUGGAAUUGAGAUUGAGACAACAGCCAUCUCUUAGCCAUAGUGACUAG